AUGUGGGUCCUGGAUGUUGUGGCAGGAGAAGGCUGCAGCGCCGACACGACCUUCUACCUGGUGGCGGGGGAGUGGAGCGUGGGGCGCAAGCGCUGCCACUUCAACUUCCACGCGGACUCGUCCAUCUCGCGCACGCACGCGCUAAUCCGCGUGGGGACGUUGACACCAGAGCAGCUUAGAGAUCCGUCGACACGACCAACGUUGGAACUGGUGGACAAGAACUCGCGCUUCGGUUCCUUUGUGAACCAGGAACAGAGCUUCGGGACGCGAAGUUUACGACAUGGUGACCAGAUAUCGUUUGGCGCCAAGAAGACGGUGUUGCGCGUCCGCUAUCAAGUGUUCGUACUCGUGGCCUCACGCAUCCAACGGGCCAAUCGAGAGCAAGUGAACGAUACGUGCCAGCGGCUCGGCAUGCAUUUGGUUGCAGCGGAGAGCAAGGAUGCCACACACUGUAUUAUGGACCCAGGACGCAUUGUGGCGACUGUCAAGGUGCUCUGGGCGUUAGUAUACAACCAACCGGUGGUGUGCACACCGUGGGUCUACGCCAUUUUGAACCGCUCGAGUCUGUCCGAGCCGUUGCCGCGAUGUGAGGAGUUUCUGCUUUCGGAUCCGUCGAUUCCUUCGGUAGAGAGCAACUAUUUGCCGAAUCCGCUCCGUAAAACGCUGUUUCAAGGAUAUGCAGUUGUGUUUCUGACCCCACAGUCGAUGCAGGAGCUCAUUGCGGCUAUGGGUGGCGUGGUAAUUGCUGCGUAUAAGGACUUUGAGGAGGACGACAUUUUACUGCGUGAGUUGGACUCAUUGGCUUCGAGCAAGCGUUUGCUGCUUGUGGAGCCGUCACACGGAUCGGGGUUCUCCAGCACCGCAGGUCAAAGUGAACAGCGAGCUUCAGCUGCUUUAGACCCUCCUUGUCCUGUGGAGAUAGUGGAGCGACGAGUUGAACUGUUCAAGUCAAUGGGAGCUGUGUUUACGAGUGUUCAAGAGCUAGCAGCGAGUGUGAUUUUUGUCAAACCACCCUCAGCAUCUAACGACUCGGCCUUCAGCAGUAGCCUUGCAAGCUAUGCGGGCUCAUCCGUCCAAGUCAUGAGCUUUCCGGAGCACUUAAGUUUGCGAAGUGCUACGUCGACAGCGGGGCACGAAGACGAUGAUGUGAAAUCAAACAAAGAGGAUCAAGAGGAGGACGUCGAUGUUGCGGACGUGACGAUCAAGGAGAGUUCUGAACAGCAGACUGACCCUCACUACGAUGUGGUUAAAGAUGAUAUGGUCGAGGACAGCAACAUUAACAUCGUGCAGAUUCCCAGUGUGGAAGAGGCUCAAAAACAACAACCUGUGUCUCCAAACAAGAGCAAGCGUAUGCCGUCCCGUAAACUUAAUGAUGAAGAAGUGCCCACCUGGAAGUCAUCACGCGUUUUGCAGCCACGCGAUGUGAAGAUCGAAGAGGCCAAUGUCGGUAAACCAAUCGUCGUGAGUUGCUCCUUGAUCGUGAAGAAGAGAGAGCCCACUCGCUCAGGCAGGACAGGAGGAAACGGUCUGGUAAACUACAAGAGGUUCAAAAAGGGCAACGGAUACGGUUCACGUUCCUCGACAGCGUCUUUAUUCCCGCAGCAGACUAUUGUCAGUGUGGUUGAUAAUGCUGAACGCAAGGCGCUUCAGGAAAAUCUAGAGGCUAUGGAAGAGCAAGAACGAAUUGCGGAGGAGUUAUUUGCAAUGGGAGAAGGAAGAACCAAGACAAAGUUGUUUUAG